AGCUGUACACUAUGCAAAAAGAAAAAAAAACCAAACAAAAAACCGCGCAGCUUUACCCCAGCAUCAGAGCCAGUAGAAGUCAGAACAGUCUGAAUCUGGACUUCAAGCAACACAGCGCCUGAGACAGCUCAUCUGAACCACACUGUAUUGCAAUACUCCCUCUUCCCAAAGAAAAAGACUCCACCGAGUAGCAGAAUGCUGCCAGUGUCGCAGCUAGGGCUACAAUACAGAGCCUUUUUGUAACAUCUCUCUGUUCACAUAUUUAGAGAUACAUACACAGACCCAUAUAUCAAUUCUUCCUUUUUUGAGGGUACCUUUGGCUUUUAUUACCCUGAUGUGACUUCUUCUUCGUCUUGGAAUGAUGGGGAUCUUUCUAGCUUAUGUUGGAUUCAUUUUCUUUUCAGUUAUGUAUAUUCAACAAGGACUUUCUACCCAAGCAAAAUUCACUGAGUUUCCCCGAAAUGUCACUGCCACUGAAGGGCAGAAUGUGGAGAUGUCUUGUGCUUUCCAAAGUGGCUCUGCUUCGGUGUACCUUGAAAUUCAGUGGUGGUUUCUGCGGGCGGCUGAGGACCAAGAGGCUGGAGCUGAAGUGACAGGCACUCAGGUGGAGCUCCUGCCCGAGCGGGACCUGGACAGCGAUGGCACCAAGAUCAGCACAGUGAAAGUACAAGGGAAUGACAUCUCCCACAAGCUGCAGAUUUCAAAAGUGAGGAAAAAGGAUGAAGGCUUGUAUGAGUGCAGGGUGACCGAUGCCAACUAUGGAGACCUUCAGGAAUACAAGGCCCAGGCAUUUCUCAAAGUCAACGCUAACAGCCACUCUCGGCGAAUGCAAGCCUUUGAGGCAUCUCCAAUGUGGUUGCAAGACGUGAAACCUCGCAAAAACAUCUCAGCAGCUGUUCCAAGUAGCAUCCAUAACUCUGCCAAUCAGCGCACGCGUGCCACCUCCAGCCCUGAAGCAGCAGCCAAAAUUCCCAAACAAAGUCCACAAUCAGCUUUCACCCUUACAAAGUCUGAAGAAAUACUUGGGUUCAUGAAAGAAAAAAUACAGUUCUUUUACAUAUCUCCAGAAAAAAAGAAACCUAAAUAUAUUUAAACUUCAACUGUAUUUCAUAAUGAAUCACUGAAAAGAUGAGAGUGCACCUCAUCGUAUCGUCACUGUAGAACAUGCAUUUAUAAUAUAUGCCAUGAAUUGGAGGAAAGUCAUGAUUUAUACAGAACCUGAACAUUAUAAAUAAAAAAGUUUCAUGUUUAUGCAAUAUAUGACCCCUAAUUUGGAAAUCUACAGAUUGACAUAUUAAAAAAAAAAAAAAGGCAAACCAAAAUAAAUAUCAAAGAAUGCUUUGCCUGCAAAUAUUAUGGUGCUGCUUUUCCCGCUGCAAAAUAGUUUGUCAAACCUAUUUUGUAUCAUACUGUUUCUCUUCCACACAUUACAGCUUUCAAAUUCUCAAAUUAUAAUGCCAUUAACAGUCAAAAAAGCUCUUAUAAAAAUAUCCAUGAGGAUCUACUGAGUGUUUAUCCUUAUUUGCAUUGCACAUAUUUUGAGCAGAGGAAAUGUAUCUCCAAAGACCUCUUUGGAAUUGUCUUGAGCAGUGUAUUUCUGUAGUUCAAUCAAAAACAAUUUUAAAAUGGAAUAAACUGAGUGAAAAUAAUUCAAUACAUCAUGAAAUGAUCUAACACUAACAAGGUUCUAACCAAGUUCUGCCAACUUAGUCAGGGAAAGAAAAGCCUUUUCAAAAAUCUGACAAAUGACAAAUUUUACAUCUUGCAUAAAACAGAGAACAAAACUAUGCUGCAGUAAAACCAAACCCAGAAAUUGAACUCAACCCUUGGGGCAAGGUUAUAAACUCUAUCUAUCUGUAUAAGAACAACCCACAGUAAGAAGUUACAACAAAUUUGCUUAUGUGUUUUCUUGUCCUUACGCAGAACAAGUGUUUUUAGAAGCCCAGCAAACUACUGCAGUGUAGGACAGGUAGGGUAGCAUUGUCAGAUGGGCAAGAGAAAAGUAGGCUUCCCACUCCUGCCUACGUUCAGUAGAAACUAAGUUCACAGUUCCCUUGGACUUAUUUGAAAAUCUUAGCAAUGUCUGAGACAUGUUUCCAUUUAAAUGUUAAUAUUCGUUUAGAAAUUCAGUUCACACAUGGGAUAAUUGAAAUAUCACUGUUACUUAGAAGCUAUUGUGUAUGUGACAGAAGACUAAGAGUCUUUUAUGGCAACUACUAUGUAUGCAAUGUCUCACACCAUGUAUUUGCAAAAGGAAGCAGUAUUCAGAGAUCUGGGGUUUAGUUUAAUCCUCAUUUUUGAAGGGAAAAAAUUACUAAAGACAGAAACAGAAAUACUUGUUGCUACACUUAUAGUUAACAGAUAUAGAGAAAUGUUUUACUGAUAAACAUCUGAAAACUUGAAAAAAUGAGCAUUUGCAUUGAGUUCUUUUUGUUUUUAUUGUGUAUAUUCUUAAUCAGAAGAUAAAUAUGCCUAUUGGGGUUGCAAUGAAAUCCAGCAUUCAGUUUAAUAUUAAAUUCUUUACAAAAACAGCUUAUACAUGUUUAAUAGAUUUUUAAAAUAUAACCAGUUGUUAAAAGUCCAGCAUUAUUAUGGACUACUUAUAACACCAUUAUUACUUUGUUACAGAAUUGAUGCCUGUACCCAUCAAUAACACUCAUCCUUUUCAAGUAUACAACACAGCUAUAAAAUCUAUUAAUCAUGCAUUAACCUGUUAUAAUUCAAACUUUUAUUCAUACUGUAACCAAAUUAAAUUUAUGGUUUUCACCUCAAGCAGUAUGUUCAAAUUCUGAAUGUAAGUCUUUAUGAUAUAGGGAGUUAUCAAGUGCUGAGACUUGGUAUGUAAGACAUCUAGAUAGUCAUGGCCUUGGUGCACAAACAUUUGAGUUUAAUUAGUCUAGUUCUGAAUGUUUUAAUUUUGACAACAUACUUACUUAAAAUAUAAAGUCAUGGGUUUAGAAAUAAUGGUAUGUACCAUUGUUUUCAUAGCUUUUUUAAAAGAAAAAAAUAUCUAUGAAAAUAUAAUUUCUCAACAAUAAAUACUCCAAAUUUUUUAGCAAUCUGUUUCCCCCUUGUAGGUAGCACAGCCAUUUGCCAGUAUCUAUUGCCUCUGUUUUACAUGAAAACACUCUAGCCAGUAGCUGACUUUUUUGUUAGCAGUUGGUGUGAUGAUGGAAAUGAUUUUGUAAAGAACACUCUGAGGUGGAAGGCAAUUGGGUUUGUUCCUCUUGGUCUAUAUGGUUUUUCUGAAUAAUGUUUUAAAAGACAGAAACAAAAGCAAAACAAAACAAAAAAAACCUCCCUGGGACUGAAAUACUUUGUAUGUGUUGUUAUUUGCAGUGCAUGCCAAGACAUUCAUGGGCACCAGAGCCAACCUGGCGAGCUAAUUAAAUAUAUAAAUGUAUGUGUUUAAAACAGCCUUAUAAGGAGCAUUGGAAAUCUGCAAGAUGAGCGAAUAUCUUAUAACUUCUUCCGCAGGUGCGAGGAUAGCUACAAGCCAUGGACUUUCUGUCCUGCUUCUUGUUUGUGGCUUUGUGAAGGGUGCUUUGCUUUAAUCUAAAAGUGCUGACUUUUUCCAAUAUCACUUUCUCUUCUUAAAGCAAAGAGCAAAUCGCCUGUAAAAUCCACGGAGCGGACAGCAAAGUUGACCCUAACCUCCAACCACCACUCUGCACCCAAUGUACUCUAAAUCUCUACACAAGGAGCACCUUCUUCAGGAAGUACAAACAAAAUUACUAAAUAAAAUAAAUAAAUAAAUAAAUAAAUAUUAUGAAAAGAAGAGGAUACCACAUGUUUUCUUGAUAUCUUGUUUUCUUUGAUGUAUCACUGAUCUUUCAUUUGAAGAGAACUGAUGUGAUGUAAUCAAGCGUUUUGUAACAGCAAGACUUAAUUUCCUUUUCUUUCGGCAAGGAGAAGCCUCAUCCUUGACUUCUCAGGGGUUGGCCUGCGAGUCAUCAGUAUUACAGAAUUAACUACGGAUGACAUUUGGUUUCCUACACUGAAAGAACAGUUCCAGCCUGGAAGCAAACAGAGGCCAAAUAAUGAAACAAAAUAUUGUGAUUUAAACAUCGACCCCAAUAAAACACCCCACAAACUUUAUCAAAAAGCCUUUUGGUUUUUGGUUUUUGGUUUUUUCCAUGAGGAAUAGGGAGGAGAAAAGAAAAUCAACAAAGCAGCUAAACAGAAUAGAGGAUGUAGUUUCUGGAAAAGAAAAUAGGCUAUUUUUCUUUAUAUUUUUUUUAAUUAUUAUUAUUAUUUUUACCCUGUGAGUUUUUUCAUGUGGUUUUUUUUUUUUUUUUUGUCUGUUUGUUUCUUGUUCAAUGGUGACAAUUAUUGACUUAGGCCAACCCCUGAUGAUUGCGUGGAGGUUUAUAUAUAUAUACACAUCUUUUUUUUUUUUUGGUGUGCGUUCUAUAUUUCAGUGUGUUUUCUCUAAUUUUGCAACUCCUGUAUAUGCAAAACUAACUUAAAUUCUGUAAAUUGCUUACAGUCUGUGUGAUAUAACUUCAGAGUAGACAUACUUCGGUCCUCAUGCAAACCAGUUUUUAAUAUUAUCUAUAUGUCAUGCCACCAAUAGGCAUCUUUAUUUCCUUUUUUGACAAGACAUCACUUUUUAGUUCGUAAUUCAGUACUGUGUGGAUUUUGUAAUACAUAUCUUCACUUCCACUGGUUUGGCCCCUUUCAGCCCUCUGUUUACUCUGUAAAUGCACAUUAAAAUUUGUUAUGGUCUCUAGACAAUGAAUUAUUUUAGUUUUGUGUAUGUUGUGUUGGAAUUUAAAAGAUGAAAGCUCUUUUAAUUUGUGAUGCUUAUGAAAGAUGAAGUGAUUUGAUUACUAGAGACUGUAAAAUGCAGGUUUGCAGUCAAAUACUGCAUGUAAAGGAAGGCUACAAGGGGAAAACAGACAAAUAAAUAAGAACAUGGCUUAAAGGAUAUUCUUUUGGUAAAGAGUUCUAGGAAAGUGAAUUUAUUACACUGAUAAACUAUAUUGCAUCACAGCUCCUUCUACAUGGCCAAAGAAGCGUCUUUCUUUGCUUUUUUCUGGAAGUGGAUUGUCAUUACUCAUUUAUAUUAUUAAUUAAAAUACUUUAUGUCUGUGAACUGGACGUGAAAAUUUUACUGUUGAAUGAAGUAUUAUGCAUUACAUGAAUUAUAUUCAUUAAUGCAGGAAGGAAAAAUUGCUACCAUUUGCAGCUGCAAUCAAGAAGGUUUUUUUCAUGUUCCCCUCCUUCCACUAAUACUGAACAAUCCACACCCUUUCAUUUAUCAGCUCAGACAAUCAUGUAUAACACAUGCUUAUUAUGAUCUAUUUACAGAAGCAUUAAGUAGCUGCAGUGUGGUCAGCUGUGUGAUUUCUCCUCAUUUCGUAAGUAAUGUAGAAAGAAGUAUGUUUAAUAUCUCACCAGUCCAUAGCCUACAGGCCAACAUUUUAUUUCAAAAUGGCUGUAAGUCUGAAGUCUUCCCCCAUUAAUUUCAAAGGAGAAAGAACAAAUAGUGUCAGUGAAUCAAAGGGUAACACAUUAACGCUUUGGAAGAGGAUAACAUAUUUAUGCAAAUUUUAUUUCCCAUUUAUUCUGUACUAUAAGCUUGACUGGAAAUAGUCUUUCUUUGGUUUCAGAAAAGUUUAAGCAGCAAUAAAGAUAGUAGAAGUUUGGUCUAAUACAAAAUCAGGAAUAACUGUCAGGAGAAAUAGGGGAAAUGUUCUUUUGUUUAAACAUAAAAUUAAUGACUUACUAGAAACAUUGUGUAUUGGAAUGCUUUGCUUCCUAGUAAUAACGGUUUAUCAGACUACUGACAAAGAAAAUAGAAACAGCCCUGUUAAGCUGUUCUGAAUCAAAACCAGUACUGUGGAUCCAAGAGGAAGUAAAUGAAAAAAGAGCCAGAGCGUUUUGGAGCCUCAUUUUGUGAACACACCUAUGCAACCAAACUUUCAGAGCUCUGGAAGAAAGGCUACAUUUUUCCUGUGAAAUAGAUGUCUUUGACUGGAUGUUGUGAAAAUCUCCCAUGUCGGGUUCAGAAACCUCAGUUUCCUUUGGUCUUAAUCAAAACCAAAUGCUUAACAUCACACGUGUUUCAUAUGUUUCCUGUAUACAUAUAUCUUAUAUGAAUAUUCCGUGUAUGCACAUAGUUUAUAGACAACCUGCAGUGGCAUACAGCAUUUUUCAGAAGCAGUUUAACCUCACAUCGUUAAAGUUAGCCUCUGUUUACCGUCUUAAACUGAUACUGUGUUUUGUUUUAUGCUGUUAGCUGCUUAGCUAUAAAUCACCAUGAAGUAGGAAGUAAGAUUAAAGAACCAGCUGAAAUUAAAAGUGGAAUUUUAGACCACUCUGACUAGUGUGAUACAACAACUCAGAAGACAUUAGCAUGGCAAGUGAUGUAUUUUGAUCUGCCAUUUUUCUUCAACAGUCAGCAGAAAAUGGAUAGAAGUAAUCUGUUGGACAUUUUAAAAGCCUUUAAAUCUUGCAUGAGAUGCUAAGGGGAUACCACCCGCCCCUCUCCACAUGACAAUAAACCUAAAUUCUUCAGAUGAGGCUGGUCCAGCACUUCUGCUUGCAGACCUGGAGCCUAGUUUUACAGUUUCUGCCAACCUGUGUGGAUGCAGCAACAACAUCUCCUAACGGGAACAGUUAUUAAAUUUCUAAAUUCUAUGCUGCAUCUUAACAGAUAUUUUUCAAAUCAGGAAUCUGUCUGAAGCUCCAAGAAAUUCUCAAAAUGGCAAGUUAAGCUGCAGUAGCCUCCUAUUUCCUAAGAAUUUAGUUAAGAAUAAUAUUUGGUAUACGAGUCAAAAUACUGCAAUUUUCUGUCCUGGACCACUUCUACUUUGGAUUUAACAGUAACAGUAAAAAAAAAAAAAAAAAGGCUUAAUUAUAUCCUUGAAAGCUCUUCUGAGUUAGCUAUCUAAAAGGGCAACUUACAUCUCAAAACCCAAUGUCCUUAACCUUUCUACAAAAAUAGUCUAGUUUGAGGUGGUAAUUUACAUGACUCAUGCUUCUCACUUGGUGUCCCCAACACGUCAUUGCAUAUGUGACUUUCUUCAGAUUGUUAUAACAGUUUUUGGUUUUAAUAGAAGAGUAAACAUGGGUGAGUAUGAAACGCUUCUGCAUUUCAAGUUAUAUGCCAUCUAAAUACAAUUCACACAUUUUGAGAUAUUAUGUCUUGUGAAGCUAAAAGAAACAUAUUCCAAUUCCAUCAAAUGUCAAUGAAAGCUUUUGUAUUAUAUGAAAUAAAAUCUGCAGCACUUUUGUACUACUAUCAAGGAUUAGCAUUGCUACAGACACUGUCUCAUAAAUUCUCCUUUCAAUAGUUACCAAUAUUCUUUUAAUCUCUGGAUCUUCAUGCAUGAAAGUUGCUGCAUAACGUGUUUGAACUUUCCUUUCUUAAUUGCUUUUUGUAGAUUCUUCAAAGAAAUUUAUGGAGCAGGAGGGGUGCUCAGACCAUAGAUUAAAAAAAGCUUGGCAGAGUGAUUUAAGAUUGACUGUUUGUUCCUCAGAACUCCUGUUAAAAAAGCUACUAGAAAACUGGAAUGAUAAACACUGACUCUAUCAUGAAUUAUUGUUAUUUCUUUUUCAUUCUCAAUAUUCAAUAUUUAUAUUACAGCACUACCCGAAGGCAAAGAUCAGAAGUAGGUAUAAACAUAUGUGGCAUCACAGCAAAAGCAAUAGGACUGCUUGGAGGUUCAUACCUAUGCACAUAAUUCAGUGCCCCUGUGAUUUAGGAUCAGAACAUGCCCUAGAACCAUUUUUUCUCAUAUUCUUUCUUUAAAGUAUUUUUGCUUUGUUCAAAUAAAAUGAGAAAACAGUGGCCACUGCAAAAAUCUGAAUGCUUGCCUAAUAUCUUUCAGUGUUAACAAUUUAAUUUCCAAUGAUCUCUACAGUCAUGUCAUAAUAUAAUUUACCAUUAAAGGAAAAAAGGACUGCACUGCUGCCAAUCUUCAACUCCUUCCUCAAAAAAAGGAAGAGAAAACAAUUCAAACCUUUGUUAUUUGCAGGAUGGGGGAACAUUUGUCCAUGACAUUACUAUUGGUAAAUGUCAAAUACUGUUUACAGAGCUAAAAGCAUUAAGAAUGAAGAAUGGGAUCAACAUACUUUGCAGUAUAAAUUUUUAAAGGUUAAUCUUCCAUGAUUAGCUUAGAUAAACAAUGCUAAGCACAUAGGAAAUUGCUUAAUGCAAGUCACCAUAAAUUACUUCAGUCUUUUGUUCUGAGCUUCCUAAAUAUUGAUUUAUUUGAUUUCAGAGUCAUAAAGUUUGCACAUGCAUUCACAUAGUUGAAAGAUUAUACAUAGUUUUCAUAGUGCUUUUCAUCUAAACAGUACGGGAAGACAAUAGCAAAGAAAAAAGUUAAAUUUAUCUGUAAUAAUGAAUCACAAUUAUUACUAGAGUUACUUGCAAAGAAACAGACGUAUGCUUUCUUGACUCAAGUGUAAUUGCAAUCUUGUUUCAUUUUCUCAUUUUUUGUGCUAUUCUUCUUUUACCAGCGCUUCAAUCUGAAAAAUAAGACAAUACUGUAUUUCUUGCUACUCACUUAUAGCAAGGUGACAGAGGACAAAAUAAUGUCAUCUUUGUUAUGAAAGAAGCUAGAGAAAAAAAAAGAAUCUUCAUUUAACAACAAUCUAAAUUUUUACAGUGUCCUAUCACCUAAAAAAUAUCUCUGCUCAAAAGUUUAUGAGGAAGGAACAACAGAGAAAGUGUUUUGUGUUUCAGCUUGACUUCCCAGCUCUAAGAGUGUUCUCAAUAGUUAUCCUACAGGUAAGGGCAGGAUUCUUCUGUAAGAUUCACAAAUACAGUAAUUUUCCAUUUAACUACCAGUGACAGAUUAAUUUGAGUUUUGAAAUGAUAAAUACUUGCAACUCAAAAAAUUUUUCCAUUCAGUUAUGAAUGUUACUAGGAAUAGCAACAAUUAGAGCCAUAAACAAAUCUGGAAGAAUACCACAUACUAGCAAUCUCUCAAAAGUUCAAAAAUAUGACAAGCAGUUUAAUAAAAAAUAAAUAAAAAAGGUUUUUGUGGGAUUUUCUUUUAAAAUUUUAUUGUAACCCACUCUUAUCCAUACUGCUAUAAAUAUUCUGGAUUUGAAUUCCAACUAUAUUGUGCUGACAAUACAGAAAGCCUUCAGAUGGGAGCAAAUGAAAUUUAAACUUAUCAAAAUUCUCCUUUACAAUGACAAUACAGCACAGGAAGAGAUCUUAUGUGUAUAUGAGACUAUUUAGAGUGACAGCACAUAAGGAAGCCAAAAUGUACAUAAUAGACUAUUAAUUCCUUUCCUCUUUUGAUAUACUAUGAACUUGAAAAACAAAAGAGAAGAUUGGGUUUGACAACUAGCUGCUUAAAACAAACAAUUUCAUUUAAAUCUAAAGUCUCAAACAUUCCUUAUGAAAAACACUUGCAUAACUAUGACCUUAAAAAUUAUAUGGGGUUUAGAUUGUUAAGCAAAGUUAUAGAUAUUAUGUAUUAAGUCCUUGUAUAUCAAAUUGAGAAGGAAAGAGAUAAUGAUUUCUUUUGUAACGAGAGUAUGUUAAUUGAUGCUGAUAUUUUUCAAUAUCAAAUGACUUAACAGACCCUUCAAAUCAUUGGCAGCUAUACUUCUUAAAAAAAACAGGUGCCAAAUUUUCUGUACUACAUUUUAGUUUCUGGAUGUUAACCAACAAUGGUUCAGGUUUCAAAAAUUUUGCUUAUUCACCGUAACAGAAAAAGAGGAAUUCACACUUUAUUGAAAAUAAAUGUCAACGUACUUACUAAACCACCUCAAUGUUUUUUCCUUUGGUGAAUUGGGCAUUAUUACUUUUGUCCAUAUGUGGCAUCGCCUCAGUGGGGUUAAGCACUGACAAAAAAGAUGUGGAAAUGUGCAGCCUGGUUGCUUCACCUACUAAUUGUAUUCCUGCAUAAGAGGCAGAAAAUGGAAGGUGUGAUUGUUUUUUUUCCCUGCAACAGGCAACUAUGAAGAAAGAAGUGAUAGCAUAAUUCUCUUUUCUUGAGAAGGGAAAUGAAGUUGGAUUGAAUAAGGAAGAACUUGGGGGCUACUUUUCAAACACAAAAGGUGAUGCUAACAAACUGUUGGCUGAAAGGGGGAGACAAAACAAGGCCAGAUUGAAUGGAGCUUGGAGCAGCCUGGUCUAGUGGAAGGUGUCCCUGCCAGUGGCAGGGGAGUUGGAAUCAGAUGAUCAUUAAGGUCCUUUCCAAUCCAAACCAUUCUAUGAUUCUGUGAUCUUUACAAGAAUUGCUGAACCAAAUCACUGCUGUAAGAAGUAACAUUGGUAGCUCAACUCUGCAAUAAGGUGAAGUACUCAAUGAAAUUAAAUGCAAUUUCUCUAGCAAAAUAGAAGGUUUUUCUUCCAAAACUAUGACUCUUUUGGCUAAUCUGAAAGAAGGUCUUGUAAUUAGGGUUUUGUCAGGGAAAGUUUUUGUCUUUUGCAACUGCACAAUGGCAACUGAGAGACUGUCAGCUGCCUCCCUUCAUCAUCACUGCCCUAUACUUGAUUAUCAGUGAUGAAGGCACUCAGGAGAUGAACACAUAUUACACAACACUGAUUUUCUAUUCCUUAAAAAAAAAUAUUUGUUUUUUACUAUUUUUAGUUUUGUAGCAGAAAAAUCUUAUUACAUCACUUAGCUGCCAUUCCUUUAAAAAGUAAGGAAAUAUUUACAUAGUUUAAUAAAUAUUGUAGAUUGUUUGUCGGUUUUGUUUAGGGUUUUUUUGUUUGUUGUUUUUUUUUAAAACAGUUCUUAGCAUUCACAAUAACAGAAGAGGUUUAGAAAGUGACCCAAUAGCAUUAUAAAGCUGUGUAUGUGUCACAGUCUACUUGCAUUAAUUGGGAAAAAAACCAAACGGAAACCUCCUGACCUGGAGUACAUUCUAAUCAGUUAUGCAAAAUGCUGAGGAAAGUAGGUGGCCAGGAGAGAGCUGUUGUAGUGAUUCUGGUGAUGGUGAUGUGAUCUUUGUCUUACACCUUUCCAGUAUACUUCUUGGACCCAGCAAGGGAAUAAAUUCUGAAAUUACUUAUUACACAUGUGUAGCAGCAAAAAUAAUGUAUGCAAUACUGCUGACAACCCUGUACAAAGCACAGGACCUAUUGAAUUUACACUGUGGCACUGUGCACACGGGCAGGGUAGCUGGCAUUGUCUGGAUUCUAGAAAUUCUGAAUGCCUGGUAUGUACUGGAGAUCUCAUCAUGCACCACAGAAGGAGCUACUAGAUUUAGGUUGCUCCUGUUUCUAGAUUGCAUUUGUGUAGUUAGAAAAGUUGUUUCCUUUCGAAGGCUCCUAACCCAUAGGAUAAAUAAAAUACAGAAUGCUGAAAAAUAAAGAAUAUUGAACAAAAUUCCUCAGGAGUCUCCCUUACUGUUUGCGAUUGAGACUUCUAAUGUUCAAGAAAACUGCUCUCCUCAGCAAUAACCUCCACAGAUGGACUUGGAGAAUGCUGUUUCACCUGAAGUUUACAGCCCAACUUUACUACCUUCACUUUUGAAAGGUAUGUUAAGAUUUAAAUAGAAUAUAAGCAGAUAAUGAGAAGCCAAGGUGGCACAUUGUGCCAAAAUCCUCACUCAGAAUAAUAUGAAAAAUAAAUUAUCAAGUAUAUCAAAUACUAAACCAGUCUCUUUGAUUAGACACUUUUUUAAAGAGCCACUAAUUUAUCAUCAUGAACUUUAAGGAGACAUCUGGGAAUUUAUGCUCUGUUAUUCAUUUGUUUCAAAAAAUAACAACAUAACAACCUUAGAGCUGCUUGUAAUUGGGUAAAUUAAAUGAUAUUUAGUAUGGUUAACUGUAAAGUCAGUAUAUGUAUCUAAGAUAUUUGUCAUGAAGAUGUACACAGAACACACAGAAUUAUAGAGACAGACUUGCUAACAGUAACACAGUCUUUUUUUCUCAGCAGAUGGAUGAAGCAGAUGGAUGACUUCUGUUUUCUUCACACUUCUCCUACUGAUCAUAGUUGCCAGCAGCAGUAUCAAUUCUAUCCUGGAAAUAUAUACACUCAGUGAUUUAUUUAUUUAUUUUUUUUAUUAGCCACUUUUCAUUCUUCCAUCUGACUAGGCAUUUGGUAGUCCUCAGAAAUGUGUAGCGCAUAAAAAAACACAGGCAGUUGCAUUGAAGUAUGUGGCCCUUCAAAUAUUUUCACUGGACAAAUAAAAUUAUGCUAAACAUU